CGCCUGCAGGCCAGGGCCGCCCGCCGGGGCUACCUCACCACCGUCCUGCACGUCUUCCACCACCUGGUCCCCGGCUUCCUGGUGAAAAUGAGUGGAGACCUGCUGGACAUGGCCCUUCGGCUGCCACACGUGGAGUACAUCGAGGAAGACUCCUCCGUCUUCGCCCAGAGUGUCCCGUGGAACCUGGAGCGUGUCCUCCCUGUGCGGUACCAGGCGAAGGAGUACAGCACCCCCAGUGGAGGUGGCCUGGUGGAGGUGUACCUUCUAGAUACCAGCAUCCAGAGCGGCCAUCGGGAAAUCCAGGGCAGAGUCACGGUCACCGACUUUGAGAGUGUGCCCGAGGAGGAUGGGACACGUUUCCACAGACAGGCGAGCAAAUGUGACAGCCACGGCACCCACCUGGCUGGUGUGGUCAGCGGCCGGGAUGCAGGUGUGGCCAAGGGUGCCAGCCUGCGCAGCCUGCGUGUGCUCAACUGCCAAGGGAAGGGCACGGUCAGCAUCACCCUCAUAGGCCUGGAGUUCAUUCGGAAAAGCCAGCUGGCCCAGCCUGUGGGUCCACUGGUGGUGCUCCUGCCCCUGGCUGGGGGGUACAGCCGCACCCUCAAUGCUGCCUGCCGCCACCUGGCGAGGGCCGGGGUGGUGCUGGUCGCUGCGGCUGGCAACUUCCAGGAUGACGCCUGCCUCUACUCCCCAGCCUCGGCUCCAGAGGUCAUCACAGUUGGGGCCACCAAUGCUCAGGACCAGCCAGUGACACUGGGGACCUUGGGGACCAACUUCGGCCGCUGUGUGGACCUCUUUGCCCCGGGGGAGGACAUUAUCGGCGCCUCUAGCGACUGCAGCACCUGCUUUAUGUCACAGAGUGGAACGUCGCAGGCUGCUGCCCAUGUAGCUGGCAUCGCAGCCAUGAUGCUGACGGCGGAGCCCGAGCUCACGCUGGCCGAGCUGCGGCAGAGACUGAUCCACUUCUCUGCCAAAGACGUCAUCAACGUGGCCUGGUUCCCUGAGGACCAGAGGGUGCUGACGCCCAACCUGGUGGCCAGGCUGCCCUCCAGCACCCAUGGCGUGGUGGGGCAGCUGCUUUGCAGGACGGUGUGGUCAGCACACUCGGGACCCACACGCACGGCCACUGCUGUGGCCCACUGCACCCCCGGCGAGGAGCUACUGAGCUGCUCCAGUUUCUCCCGGAGCGGGAAGCGGAGGGGCGAGCGCAUCGAGGUCCGCGGGGACAGGCGGGUGUGCCUGGCCCACAAUGCAUUUGGAGGCGAGGGCGUCUAUGCUGUGGCCAGAUGCUGCCUGCUGCCCUGGGCCAACUGCAGCAUCCAUACGGCUCCAGCGGGGGCUUGGACGGAACCCAGUGUUCACUGCCAGCAGCAGGACCACGUCCUCACAGGCUGCAGUGCCCACUGGGAGGCUGAGGAUUUUGGUGCCCGCAGUCAGCCUGUGCCAAGGCCACGUGGACCUGGCCAGUGUGUGGGCCCCAGGGAGGCCAGCGUGCAUGCGUCGUGCUGCGAGGCCCCAGGCCUGGAGUGCAGAGUCAGGGAGCAUGGGGCCCCACCCCCUGUGGAGCAGGUCACCGUGGCCUGUGAGGACGGCUGGACCCUCACGGGCUGCAGCACCCUCCCUGGAGCCUCUCUGGUCCUUGGGGCAUACGCCGUGGACAACACAUGUGUGGUGAGGAGCUGUGACACCAAGGCAGUGGGCAGGGCCAGUGAGGCGGCCAUGGUGGCCAUUGCCACUGCCAUCUGCUGCCGGAGCCGGGCCUCGGAGCAGGCCUCCCUGGAGCACCAGUGACAGCCCAGCCAGGAUGGGCAGCCGUGCGGGGCCAGGGCCUGGGCCACAGGGGCAGAAGCGUUCCUGCCUGGUGCUGCCUGGCGCUGCCAGGCCUCCUUGCCUGGGAAAACCUUAGGGUCUCGCCUGGACGCCAUCCUGCGCUGCAGCUCGCCCCAUCCUCCCAUGCCCACCUCCGCGUCACGGCAGGGGAAGCCAUGCUCUGCCUACCAGCGUCCCCAUGUUGCUGCCCACAGUGGAUGACCUAUGUCUGAGCUCUCAAGGCACGCAGGCAAGCCUCCCUGUGAGAUACCUUCUCCCUGCAGGAUGAUGUGGGGGCUGGAAGGGGCUGAGCACCAAGCCUGGCAGCGAGGGCAAGGAGCUGGUGGCCCUAUAUCCCCUCCCACUUCAGAGAAGCCCCUUUGGGAUCCCUGGUUGAUGGGAAAUCCAUUUGCCACACCUGUGGGGUGAGGCUUGGGACGAGCACGAUGCCUCGGUUUCUCCCAGCUGCCCUCACUCUGCUCUCUGCAUGGCAGCCCUGGCACUCUACUUGAUAGAGGAAGAAAUGGGCACCAGAGAAGGCAGGUGCCCACCAGUGUACACUGUAUGAAGUGGGAUGGUGCUGGGAUGUGCCAGGCCAGGCACUGGCUUGCAGGUUCCCUGGGCCCAGGUGGCUCCUGACAGCUUGGUGGGCUGUGGAAGGGUACAACUGUCCCUUCCCGAGUGCUCGCCCAAGCGAGUGUACAAGCACACGUCUUCCUCCUGGUUUCUUCUGUCUGCUGUCUUUUUAUAGCAAGAAGCUUUUCCAGACCUGUUGGGCUUUUGUAAGUUGGUAUUUAUUCUGGGUUUUGUAGUAUUUUUAU